GUCGUCCCGGCAUCCUUUGCGUGUCCAAUAUGGAAGAACUGGCGGUGGAGGUCCGUGGCUCAAACGGCGCUUAUUAUAAGGGCUUUGUCAAAGAUAUCCACGAUGACUCUCUCACCAUUGCCUUUGAGAACAAUUGGCAGCCAGAACGCCAGGUGCCCUUCAGUGAAGUCAGGCUGCCACCACCUACUGAUGUCAAGAAGGAGAUGGGAGAGGGCGAAGAGGUGGAGAUCUUCUCCAGAGCUAACGAACAGGAGCCUUGUGGUUGGUGGUUGGCUAAAGUCCGCAUGAUGAAGGGAGAUUUUUAUGUGAUUGAGUAUGCAGCAUGUGAUGCCACUUACAACGAGAUAGUUACGUUUGAGCGUCUGCGCCCAGUCAACACCAACAAGGCCAUCUCCAAGAACUCUUUCCACAAGUGCACUGUCCCUGUCCCUCAGGAUCUUCAAGAAGCGUGCCAGAAUGACAAUGCACAUAAGGACUUUAAAAAAGCUGUGGGAGCCUGUCGAGUCUCUUACUGCCCUGACACCAGUCAGCUUGUGAUUGUGUCCACCAAUGAGACGACGGUGAAGCGUGUGUCUUUGCUGAGUGAUAUGCACCUGCGCAGCAUCAGAACCAAGCUGAUGUUAAUGUCACGCAAUCAGGAAGCCACAAAACACCUCGAGACUUCCAGACAGCUGGUGUCAUCCUUCCAGGAGGAGUUUACGGUGAGACCGGAUCUGAUGGGUCUGGCUAUCGGUAGCCACGGUAGCAACAUCCAGCAAGCACGGAAAGUUCCAGGUGUUACUGCCAUUGAGCUGGAUGAAGACACCGGCACGUUUAGGAUUUAUGGAGAGACAGAAGAAGCGGUAAAGAAAGCAAGAAACUUCUUGGAAUUUCUUGAGGACUCUGUCCAGGUGCCAAGGCAGCUUGUUGGAAAAGUGAUUGGUAAAAAUGGUAAGGUAAUCCAGGAGAUUGUGGAUAAAUCCGGUGUGGUGAGGGUCAGGAUAGAAGGAGACAACGACAACAAGCAGCCCAGACAGGAAGGAAUGGUCCCAUUCACCUUUGUCGGUACUAAGGAGAGCAUUGGAAAUGUUCAGGUCUUAUUGGAGUAUCACAUCUCCUACCUGAAUGACAUGGUGGAGCUUCUUGCAGAGGGCCAGCAGCUAGAGGAAGAGCUGAGGCAGAUUGUGGAUUAUACGCAGGGAAGCACCCUAGCAAGAUUCAUUAUUAACAGUACAAAGAGCACUGAGGUUGAGCAGCUUCGUAUGGAGCGGUUGCAGAUUGAUGAACAGCUACGUCAGAUCACCCAAGGCCACCGACCAGUUGACAGGGAGAGAGGCGAGAGAGCUGAUAGAGGUGAUAGAGGCGAUAGAGGUGACAGAGGCGAUCGAGGCGGUGGCUAUAAUGCAGACAACAGCGCCAACACCUCCUCGACCUCCAUACACGGAAGUCGCUCCUACAACGGUCGAGGUCGUGGACGCAGAGGCCAUAGCUACAGCACCGGAUAUGGCACCAACUCAGAGCAGUCCAAUGCCUCUGAGACAGAUUCAGAGCGGAAGGAGGAACUCAGCGAUUGGUCUUUGGCUGGAGAGGACCAGGACAGGGAGAGAGGCCCUCGAGGACAAAGAGAUGGGCGCCGGAGGCCAGGGCCCGGCAGAGGCCGAGGAGGUCCUAGUGGAAGGGGCAGAGGAAGAGGAGGAUACAACAACAACUCUGAUAAGCUGCUGAUCAAUAAUUCACCAGCAGGCUCCCGGGAUAACGAGGACCACCACCCAUAUGGAACCACAGAGACAAACACUGAGACCGACCAGACAGCUGACACAGAUGCAAGUGAGUCCAACUUGCCUGCCAACCGCCGCCGAAGGUCUCGGCGACGCAGAACAGAUGAGGAAACCACUCUGAUGGAUGGCAUGAGCGAGUCUGACAAUGCCUCGAUGAGCGAGAAUGGAAUAGAUGACUCUGAAGCAAAACCUCAGCGUCGCAAUCGUAGCCGACGUCGCCGCCCCCGCCUGCCUGAGGAAAGGCAGCCAGGUAAACGCAGCAGUGCCUGCGUGUACCCACUCAUUGUUGUAGUGGUGUGCCACCAGACAGAUACUAAUCACACCUGUCAGAUCCAGAAUUUGACUGUGGCUGACUACAUUUCCAGAGCUGAAUCCCAGAGCAGACAGAUGAGUGCAAAGGACAACAAGAAAAACAAGGAUGGGGGUCAGGUGGAAGCCAUCACCGAGCACAGCCCACAGGCUGUUCCAGCCACCACCAGUGGUUCCAACAGUGUUUCUGAUGACCUGAGCAACAGCGCCGCAAACGCUCCCAGGUCCUCCAGUGAGAAGCCUGCAAAAGUCUCCUACAAGGAGGACAGUAACCCAGAACCUGUUGCUAAUGGACUUUCCUAGUCAGACCAGAGCAAAGGAAAUGGUUUCAAAUAUUUGAACUUAUUUUUUUGGCUGCACUUGAUUGAAUCUUAUGACUCUGGAGUGGCCUCAGAAGUUAUUGUUAACAUUUAAACACAACAAGCACUGUUCUUUUUCUACAAAUAUUUGAAACCUGCUUUGCUGCACAACAGAGUUGUGGACAGUAACUUCCUCUUUAGACAUCUAUCUGUACAACUUUUUCAUUUUACUACAUUUUUUACAGUAGUCUUUCCUGUAUGAGCUUGCCAAAGAUAGUCAAACCCACAUACUUACAGACAUGUACAUAAACUGUAGUUUAAAGUCCACUCUUCACUGAGAGCUGAGAGAGAGGUGGGACUGAAUACAGUAUUUCUAAAAUGUAGACAGGGAUUCCACUCAAACCCAUACUGUGGUGUGAAUGCAGCAGUUCUUUUUUUGUAUUGGAAAAAUAUCAUAGCAGGGUUUUACAACAAUGUCUGCCUUUUAUCAGGUGGACUCUGAAAGAUGCUUCCACAACUUUUUUCAGGAUCUUUUGUGAGUUUGAGGUUGUUUGUAAAUUAAAUGUUCUGCAUGAGCUGUACCACAGUGCAGGUAGGUUUGUUGGAAACCCAAGUAUGAUUGACGUACAUGUGAUCAGCUGUUGUGCCUUGAGAGUAGAUUCAACAAGUUGCUGCCUGACUCUGCACACCAUCUGAAAUCCAUCGACUUGUUUCUGUGUGACUGUUUUGCUCUCUCCUACAGUAAACCUGAUAAGUUGUCUGUGUGUUCUGUAGUGUAAGGGUGCCGUGGCCAGGUGAUGGUGAACUCACAGCACCCUUACAGGAUUUCAGAGCCACCAUUUUACAACAAAGUGUGUCUGCGCUUAAUGUCAUUGGGUAGGGGGAAUAAGUCAAGUUAUCCUUUAUACACACACACACACACACACAC